CCUGCUGCUGCUCACACACUCCUCACACACUCCUCACACACUGCUCACAGAUUCUCCAACAUGUCAGGGAUCAGCCCAGCAGCCGACGGACCUCCCUGGAGGAACAACAGCUUCAUCCUGGCAGGGGGCAAAGACCCUCCUCUGUCUGACCAGGGAGAGACCAUCAUCGGAGUGUACCUGCUGCUGCUGGGGUGGUUGUCCUGGUUUGGAAACAGCAUCGUCCUCUUCGUCCUUUACAGACAGAGAGCCACCCUGCAGCCCACCGACUACCUGACCCUUAACCUGGCCAUCUCCGACGCCAGUAUCUCCGUGUUCGGCUACUCCAGAGGCAUCAUUGAGAUCUUCAACGUCUUCCAGGACAGCAGCUACAUCAUCACCUCCAUCUGGACCUGCCAGGUGGACGGUUUCUUCACGCUGGUGUUCGGUCUGAGCAGCAUCAACACACUGACAGUGAUCAGCAUCACCCGCUACAUCAAAGGAUGCCACCCGAGCAGAGCGCGUCACAUCAGCAGCACCAGCGUGUCUGUCUGUCUGCUGCUCAUCUGGAUCACAGCUGGAUUCUGGUCUGGAGCACCGCUGUUCGGCUGGGGCAGCUACAAAGAUCGUGGAUACGGCACCUGUGAGAUUGACUGGGCCAAAGCGACCUACUCAAGCAUCUACAGGUCCUACAUCAUCUCCAUCUUCAUCUUCUGCUUCUUCAUCCCAGUACUCAUUAUGCUCUUCUGCUAUGUGUCCAUCAUCAACACGGUGAAGAGAGGCAAUGCUCUGUCAGCAGAGGGCGACCUGACCGACCGCCAGAGAAAGAUCGAGAGAGACGUCACCAUCGUUUCCAUAGUAAUCUGCACAGCCUUCAUCCUGGCGUGGUCUCCGUACGCAGUGGUGUCCAUGUGGUCUGCCUGGGGCUUCCACGUGCCCAACCUCACCAGCAUCUUCACUCGUCUCUUUGCCAAGUCUGCCAGCUUCUAUAACCCCCUCAUCUACUUUGGACUCAGUUCCAAGUUUCGCAAAGAUGUGGCCAUCCUGCUGCCAUGCACGCACGAUGCCAAAGACACUGUCAAGCUGAAGCGGUUCAAGCCGAAGGCCGAUGCCCACGGCCGACCUGCUGCAGGAGGUGGAGCCAGACUCAAAGUUCCUCUGAACCGGACAGAGAAAAAGUACUCACCCACACCCCAGCAGCCUUACCCACUCCCCAGCCCGGACUCUGGGGUGGGGAGUCCGCCCCACACGCCACCGCCCGUCAACAAGGAGGUGUUCUACAUCAACAUGCCUCGAGCCUCUGAUGCUGGACCAGAGUAUGAAUGUGAGAGACUCUGA